AUGGUAUCUAUCAAAGUCGGUAAUUAUCUCAUUAAGCGCCUCAAGGAAAUCGGUAUUGAUACCAUCUUUGGUGUUCCCGGUGAUUACAACAUGCCCUUGUUGGAUAUGAUUGAAGACGACAAGGACAUUCUCUGGGGUAACAAUGCCAAUGAAUUAAACGCAUCUUAUGCUGCUGAUGGCUAUGCCCGUAUCAGAGGUACUGGUGCUCUUGUUACUACAUUUGGUGUCGGUGAACUUUCUGCCGCUGCUGGUGUCGCUGGUUCUUACUCUGAAAUGUUGCCAGUCAUUCACAUUGUGGGUACUCCCAACACCAAGUCUCAAGCUGAAGGCGCUAUUCUUCAUCACUCUCUUGGUAAUGGUAACUUCCAGGUCUUUGUUGACAUGUUUGCCAAGAUUAGUGGUGCCUCUACUCACUUGACCCGUGAAACUUCCAUCAAGGAAAUCGAUCGUGUCAUUGAAGAAGCUCUCCUCAAGAAGCGUCCUGGCUACAUUGGUAUCCCUAUUGAUCUGAUCAACUAUGAAGUCAGCCUUCCCGAGAUCAGACCUCUCAACUUAACUAUCCCCAAGAACCCUGCCAAGACGCAAGAAGUAGCUCUCAGAGUUGUAUUGGAAGCCAUUCACAAGGCUCAACAUCCUAUUAUCAUUGUCGAUGCUUGCAUUCAACGUCAUAACCUUCAAAAGGAAGCUGCUGCUUUCAUCAAACGCUCAGGUUUCCCUACUUAUGUUGCUCCUAUGGGUAAAGGUAUCGUCCCCGAAGAGUAUGCAAACUAUCGCGGUUGUUAUGCUGGUAGUAUUACCAUUGAGGGCAUUGCAAAGGAAGUCGAAAAGGCUGAUUUAAUCAUCGAACUUGGUUCUAUCAAGUCUGAUUUCAACACUGGUGGUUUCACUUAUGGCUUGGAUCGUGGAAAGACCAUCUCUCUUCACUCUUUUGUCACAAACGUCUUUUACGCUGAUUACGACAAGGUCAGCAUGGUUGAAUUCCUUCCUCUCUUGACUGAAGCUCUCCCAACAACCCCUCGCCAUUUUGAACUCGGUCCUCGUUCUCAUCCUGCUCCCAUUGAAGCUGGUACUGAGAUCACUCACAACUACCUUUGGAACAAGGUCCCAGAAUACAUGGUUGAUAAUGCCGUCAUUGUUGCUGAAACUGGUACCUCUGAAUUUGCUUCCUUCAACUUGAAGGCCCCCAGGAAUGCAUUCUUCAUUGCUCAAGUCCUUUGGGGUUCCAUUGGUUUCUCUGUUGGUGCUGCUGUUGGUGCUGCAAUUGCUGAUCGCAGCAGACAAGUAUAUCUCUUCUGUGGUGAUGGUUCUUUCCAAUUGACUGCUCAAGAAGUUUCAGUUUUCCUUCAUCAAGGCCUCACACCCAUCAUCUUCAUCUUGAAUAACGAUGGAUAUCUCAUUGAGAAGCUUAUCCAUGGUCCUCACCGUGCUUACAACAACUUCCAAAUGUGGCAAUAUGCAAAGACUCUUGACUACUUUGGUGCUCAUCUUCAACGCAACUUGGAAGACGUCUCUCCUGCUCCCGUUGGUGUUGAGGCCAAGGUUACUACCCGUUCUGAGUUUGAGGCUGCCAUGAAGCUUGUCACUGAACAACCCAAGAGGAUUCACUUCCUCGAAGUUGUCAUGCCUCGCUUCGAUGCUCCUCGUGAAUUGAUCCUCCAAGUUGAGACCUCUGAGAACCGUUAA